AUGGCGGUUCAGCCGAUCCUUCCCCGUCUUGCAUCUGCCAUCUUCAACUGGGGAACAUCGCUUCUACGCCGCAUCAACGCCAUAAUGGGUGACGCAUUCUUGGCUCCCAUCAGUGGCGGGAAUAACGGCGGGAGAAAUAAUGUCAACACCACCCCGUUGCCUCUCGUUCGCCUCGCACGGCCAAGUCUCCUUCUCAUAACUGGAAUUCCCUUCCGCAUGCGCAAGCAGAAUCGCACGCGGGAGUUGGUCGCAGGGUAG